AUGUGUUCAAAUACAGAAUCAUUAUUCCAAAAAACACAAACAAGGGAGGACCUUGACUGGUCUGAUUUGUAUGAAAACUAUAACCAUUCAGACGGGAACAUCUCUUAUGAAGGGGGUGAUAUUUGCAGCCUGACUGAGAAUGUGAAUUUUGAAGCCGUGUUCAUACCAGUUCUGUACUCUGUGGUGUUUGUUGUUGGUCUGCUUGGGAACGGAUUGCUGUUGAGAAUACUGGCUCGGAGUAGGAAGACCUGGAGUGCGACAGAUACCUUCAUCUUCCAUCUGGGAGUGGCAGAUAUCCUGAUGCUGGUGACGCUGCCCAUCUGGGCAGCACAGUAUGUCCAAAGUGCUGGAUGGACAUUUGGUACUCCCCUGUGCAAGAUCAGUGGAAGUGUUUUUACAAUUAACUUCUACUGUGGGAUCCUUCUCCUGGCCUGCAUCAGUCUGGACCGCUACCUGUCCAUCAUCCAUGCUACACAGAUGUACUCAAGAAAGAAGCCUUGGGUUAUUCGAGCCAGCUGCCUGAUGGUGUGGUUCUUUUCCCUGCUUCUCUCCAUUAUUGACUGGAUCUUUUUAGAAGAUGUGUUUGAUGAUAGACGAGGCAGAAGAGAAUGUGUUCACAAUUAUUACAAAUUUCGUGAGCAAGCAGUAUAUAAUUGGAGUUUGGCAUCACGCAUGAUUUACCUCAUAGUUGGCUUUGCACUUCCUUCAGCCAUCAUGAUGUUCUGCUACUCCCGCAUCCUGCAUCAGCUGAGGUGUGGUGCCCACAGCCUUCAAAAGCAGAGAGCUUUUAAAGUUAUUGUGGCUGUGGUGGUGGUAUUCUUUAUCUGCUGGACCCCGUACAACAUCACUCUCUUAGUGGAAACGUUUAAUUUUGACAUCAGUAAUGAAACUUGUUCAGACACAACAUCUCUGGAGAAAGCAAAGACAGUGACCACCUGUGUGGGCUUCUUUCACUGCUGCCUCAAUCCCAUCCUGUAUGCUUUUGUGAGUGAGAAGUUCCGGCGUCGGCUCCUGAGCAGGGAAACAGUGUUCAUGUCACACUUAAAUGUUUCAAAUCAUCAAACAAAUCAUAGGUGA